AUGGAGCCAUUUAUAGGGUUCACAUAUGUAAAUCCGGACAAAAAUGUGCAGCCUGACGAAAAUGUGCAACCGGAGGAUGAGGUUCUGUCGAAAAAGCCACGAGAGAAUGUAAAACAGAAAUCCUCCCUUCCUCCUCCCCCUCCUCCUCGUCCUUCCCCUUUUAUUUCUCCAUCAGUCAAGAUAGCUGUUGAUGAGAAUCCGGACUGGAAGCUAGUGUGGGAGGAAGAGGCCAAAACAUUUUACUUCUAUAAUCGCUCAAACAGCGUAAAACAGCAAAUUGUGCCCCAAACAUUUUUUCCGAGAUACCCUUCGAAGCAAGCCCAGGGGGAUUCUUCCGGGAGCGAAGUGCCAAGUCAGAUUCAGAAGGAGGAUGCACUUGAGGGCAUUUUGAAGACUGGAUACUUUCAUCUGAUCCCUCAACUACUGCACGAAUAUGGGGGUAUGGACUUGAACGUUCAACUUCUUAGCUUUCAGGGUUUACCAACUCCAUUAGAAUUUGCCGUAGAGCAGGAAAACACCAAACUUCUGGAAAUGCUCAUCGAUGAGGAGAUGGUCGCCACCCUGACAAAGGUUGUUGACCGAGCUAACCUCACCAGAGCGUUAGGGAGGGCUGUGGAUCGACAGGACAUGGCCAUUGUUAACGUCUUGUUAGCCAACGGCGCCACAUGUGAAUUCGAGGACUCUGAUCGGCCGCCUCCUCCCACAGAAUGCUACUUCCCCGAGGUCUACCCAGAAGAUGACUAUAUGCCCCCUCUUGUCAGGGCUGUCAAGCUGGGCAGCAUGGAGCUAGUACGGCUGCUGCUUGCGCAAGGCGCGGAUGUCAAUGUAGGAUAUCACGAUCUUACAGGUGACCUUGGAUUUUCCCCGACGUCCCAGAUUAUAGAUGUGAGGUGCGGAAGAGUGAUACAGGUGGCGAAGGAGCUGGGACGUCAAGACAUGGUUGAGCUGUUUCUAGAGAUGGGGGCGGAUAUCCAUCUGCCGCAGCCGACCUGGCAAUUUCACGACUGCCCGAUGAUACCGAGGGCGGUUUACUUUAGAGUUACGGCGGGACUGAGGGAGCUUGAGGUGGCGAGGGAGGCGACAAGAGAUUCGGAUGAAUGGGUGCUUGUGUAA